CAGAUGACGUCAGCAGAAGUCUAAAUUGUUUCUGAGUGCGUUUCUGUCAGCAUGGCCAGUUACUAAUACUUGCAUACACUUGAUCUAACAGUACAUUUUAGUGGAGUGUGAAUGGGGACAAGUUGAGACAGAGGUGAAGGUGUGGCGGCAGCAGGAGGAGGAGCAUUUAGUGUCACAAGGAACAUUUGGAGAACCUGCUGUCCUGCAGUCGGUGAGGAGAGGAAAAGCUUUCUGAAGGAAGAGGAGGCAGCAGCAGGGCUUCAUUACUUCUUGGAGAUUUUCAAACCACGUCCUGUAACCUACUCGCCGUAAAGAAAGUUUACUAAUCUGCUACACAAGAAGCACUUCUGCCUGACAGUUUUAGGUUUUCAGUCAUAAAGAGAAACAUGCGCAGAUUCAACUCUGAAGGAUCCCUUCUGGAUCUUGAUACCUUCCAACAGUCACAGAAGAAGCCCGAAUAUGGAAGCAAGAGGAUGUCAGUCACAGGCAGACCUCAUUUGAAAAAUGAUGAACACGACGUAGGGUCAGCUGGCUUGAUUCCCAGCAUUCAGGAGCCGAUGCAGACACCCAGCGAGGUUAGGAGGAAGGAUCUGAUCAGAGAGCAGAGCGUCAGUGUGGAGAACCUGCGUGAGUUCGGGAAGCAAGAGAUGGACCACCUCAAAGUGUGUGCGAUCAAUGAAAGCUGCAGGGCUUACAGUGACAGUCAGCUGGCUCCAAUGGCUGAGGACGUCAUGGACGGUGGGGAAAGAGAAGGCCAACAUGAAUCGUCUCUGUCAGUCUUCUCCAACCAAUUCUCCUCAAAGUCCCAGGAAAAACACCAUCACAGGGCCAGACUGUCAGCUGCUAAGCUACACCUCAAGAGUCUCUUUGAUAAGAGUCCACAUUCAUCAAACUCAAACUUGUAUAAUGCAGAAGAGAAAAACAGUGCGUCAGAGAGGAGGUCUCGUAUGCAUUUCAUGCGCCAGUGGAGUCAGGUGGGCCACCACAGCAAGGGGCGGAUCAGUCACAACAUGCUGAAAAGUUGGGCCGAGUCUUUGAACACUCUGCUGUCCAGUCAAAGUGGUGUUUCAGUCUUUGGAGCAUUCCUGCGUUCUGAAUUCAGCGAGGAGAAUCUUCAGUUCUACCUGGCAUGUGAACAGUACAGACACUCAUCCAACAACUUCAGUCUGCAGAGAAGAGCUAAACACAUCUGUGCCACCUAUAUCCAACCUGGUUCCCCCCGAGAGGUAAACCUGGAUAAUAAAACUCGAGAUUUGACUCUCCAGCUGCUGCAGGCUCCUUCUUGCAGCUCUCUGCUCCCAGCACAGAAACGCAUCUACUCUUUGCUGGACACAGAUUGUUACCCACGUUUCCUGGAGUCAAACAUCUACCAAUCUCUGCUAAAAUAUGCUGAAUAGAAACCUAACAAACAAGACGUUCUGAGAGGCUCUAUGAUCUCCACACUAAAGAAUCCCUUUUUUGUUUGAGUUUGAGAUAGAUCAAUAAGGAAUUAUUAGCAAAACCUGGUUUGCCCAACUCUUAAGAAAAUGGUAGCAAGUAACUGUGCUCCAUUCAAUAAGACAGCUAAAGAAGAGCCUCACCUUUAUCAAGUCCUCAGAUAACUGUACUAUACUGAAACUGUCCAUGUUGACAAAUCACCAUCAGAAAUUGCUAUACUGUACUUUCAUUAAAACUGAAUGCUCAUUCAAUAAAACUAAAUGUUUUUAAA